AUGAUUUCAGCUGCCACAUCUUCGUCCAGCGAGUCAGAGGAUGAAAGAUCCGCUGAGUCGACGCGCUCCGAUUCUAGCACACUGAGCAGCGACACUUCUGUUUCCGACAGCGCAAUCUCCUCGCGCGGGAAAGAGGCAACGUUGUCUCCCUUGAGCUCGACUUUAUCUGGACUGUUCUCCGAGAAUGUCAUUGCCAAGAUACUACACACGGCCACAUGGGCAUUGCAAGACAAUACACCCCCAGUCUACUACCCCGAAUAUGUUCCCCAGACUCCAGACGCCGCCGGGCGGUACGAACUGAGGGAAAAGGAUUUUUGGACUUGCGGGUUCUUCCCUGGUUGCAUCUACUCGAUCAUCGAACGUCUCGUCAAACAUUCCCAAGCUACUGAUGGAAUCGAGCAAACGCAAGAACUGCUCGCGAAGCUUCUCGACCUCGGCGCCGCUUGGUCUGACCCUUUGCACGAAUUCGCAUUCCGUACAGAUACACACGACAUGUCCUUCAUGAUCCAACCGAGCAUGCGUGUGAGAUGGGAGGUGCUGGGUGACCAUAAAGCCUUGGAUUCUAUCGUGACGGCUGCUCGCUCACUCUUCACGAGAUACAAUGCAAAUGUCGGCGCUGUUCGUGCAUGGGAUGUGCUGACCCAGAAUGGCGUCACAAUCACCGACAUGAACGAGAACUUUUUGAUUAUCAUCGACUCCAUGUGCAAUCUAGAUCUGCUGUUCUACGCAGCAGCUCAUACUGGUCAGAAGGAACUUGCUGAUGCUGCCAUGACUCACGCCAAAACCCUGAUCAACACGUUGCUGAGACCAGAAGGCAAGACAAAGGAGGGCCGUUCCAUGUACAGCACAUUCCACGUCGCCAACUUUGAUCCCCGAGAUGGCACAAUCAAGCAGAAGAUGACCGGACAGGGAUACAACGCAUCUUCGACUUGGGCGCGAGGUCAGUCUUGGGCGAUUCUGGGCUACUCGCAAACAUACAUGUGGACCAAGGAUCCCGAGUUCCUCGACGCCGCGUGUGGCGUAGCAGAAUACUUUUGGCACCGUUUGCUGGCGUCUCCAGCAUGUGUCGAGCAGGCCGACGCUGACGACUCGAGAGCCAAAGGCAGAUAUGUGCCGCUCUGGGACUUUGAUGCUCCUGUGGAUGAGUUCGCACCUCUGAGGGAUUCUUCGGCCGGUGUCAUUGCUGCCAAUGGGUUGCUGAUCCUAUCGCAAGCAUUGGCAGGCUCGGGUGAUGCCGAAUCUAGUGCUAGAUACCUCAACAUGGCAACAACCAUCAUGGAAGACACGCUGCGCUUCUCGCUUGCGCCCGAGAAGGCUAGAUUGACCUGGUCGGAUGGCAAUGGCCCAACAGGCACAGAUGUCUAUCCCGAUGCACAUUUCGAGGCGAUCCUCAAGAAUGCGACAGCGAAUCACAACGCCAAGGAUUUCAAGCGAUACUGGGAUCAUGGAUUAGUAUAUGGUGACUAUUACUUCCUCGAGUUCGGCAACAGGUUAAUCAAGAUGGGACUUGCAUGA